ACAGACAGGGGCAGAAGGCUCUCCCGGAACUCUGCAGCCGCAUCGGCUCUGAUUAUUUCAACAUCGGGGUUCGGUCCAACAUGGCGGCUUACGGAUGGAAAUACUGAUGACAGUCCGAAAGAUCGCCUCGAUUUGUACGAUGGGCGCCAAUGCCUCUGCCUUGGAAAAGGAGAUUGGACCGGAACAGUUCCCCGUUAAUGAACACUACUUCGGACUGGUCAACUUUGGAAACACCUGCUACUGUAACUCGGUGCUGCAGGCUCUGUACUUCUGUCGACCGUUCAGGGAGAAGGUGUUGGCAUACAAGGUGCAGCCACGUCGCAAAGAGUCCCUCCUCACCUGUCUGGCCGACCUGUUCAACAGUAUCGCCACACAGAAGAAAAAAGUUGGAGUCAUCCCGCCGAAGAAGUUCAUCUCAAGACUGAGGAAAGAAAAUGAGCUUUUUGACAACUACAUGCAGCAGGACGCCCACGAGUUCCUCAACUACCUCCUCAACACCAUCGCAGACCUGCUGCAGGAGGAGAAGAGCCAGGAGAGACAGCAGAACGGGAAGCUGGUGCAGAACGGAGGAGGUGGAGGAGGAGGGAGCACAGGAGGAGGAGGAGGAGGAGGGAGUGGGAGUGAAGGAGGAGGAGAGGGGGAAGGAGGGAAGGAGACACAGCAGACGUGGGUCCAUGAGAUCUUUCAGGGAACUCUGACCAAUGAGACGCGCUGUCUCAACUGUGAAACCGUGAGCAGUAAAGACGAAGACUUCCUGGAUCUGUCGGUGGAUGUGGAGCAGAACACCUCCAUCACUCACUGUCUCAGGGGCUUCAGUAACACAGAGACGUUAUGCAGUGAAUACAAAUACUACUGUGAGCAGUGUCGCAGCAAACAGGAAGCCCAGAAGAGGAUGCGGGUAAAGAAGCUCCCGAUGAUCCUCGCCCUCCACCUGAAGCGCUUUAAGUACAUGGACCAGCUGCACCGCUACACCAAACUGUCCUAUCGCGUCGUCUUCCCCCUGGAGCUCCGCCUCUUCAACACGUCCGGGGAUGCCACCAACCCCGACCGCAUGUACGACCUGGUGGCUGUCGUUGUACACUGUGGCAGUGGUCCAAACCGUGGACACUAUAUCACCAUCGUCAAGAGUCACGGCUUCUGGCUGCUGUUUGAUGACGACAUCGUAGAGAAAAUCGACGCUCAGGCGAUUGAGGAGUUCUACGGUCUAACAUCGGACAUUUCCAAGAACUCUGAGUCAGGUUACAUCCUGUUCUACCAGUCCAGAGACUGAAGCAGCCAAUGGUAAAUCCCCAAAAGACUGUCACUCAACAGAGGGGGAGGAGCUUAUGGCUGCCACCGGCUCCGCCCAGUACGCUCACAUAAGUAUCCAGGCUUUAUUCCCUGUAGGCGGAGCUUUGCACUGGAGCGCCACUCGGAUCGCUUGAGAUGUGUGCAGGUCGCAUGCCAGCCUCCUGGAUUACGACCGACUAACUCCUCUCAGCCCUCACUGCAAAAAUUAAAAAACAAAAAAACAAAAAAAAAGCACCUUACCAAAACAAGAUGGCUGAAUCUGUAACACUCGCUUUGCACUGGGGCAUCGGCUGGGAGUGACGCCAAUCCAAGAGGCUGACAUCGCCAUUCGCACGGCGCUCCGUUCUGGAGGUAAAAGCAGUUUGGGAUUGUUGAGAUGAUGCAGAGUAACCAAUCAGCUGCUUCUGGUGAGACACUUACUUCUGAUUGUAACCCUCCUCGUCACGGUAACCAGCUCCAUCGCAGACUUCUUUAGCAUUUUUUUGUGUGUGCACAUUUUACCUAAAUUAGCUUAAAAAGCUAACGCACAGGUUUACUCCAACACCUCACUCCAGAGUCAAAGAAAGAGUACUUAACAGCCUUGGUGGACGUCCAUCCUGCCACUAAAAGCACUGACAGGAUUUAGAAAGGUAAAGAAGCUCAAACAGAAGCUAGGAGUGCAGUGAAGUUAGUUUGCAGUGUUAGUCAUAAAGUGGUGCUAAAAACUUAAAGUGUUAGAGAGUGGAAUGGAAGCCAGCCACCAGGGAAGGGAAAAAGAAACUCGCACUAUCUGGUUUUUACUGCCAAACAGCUCUAACAGUUCAAAAAAUAUACCGAAUAAAUACUGAACGGGAAGAGGGCCACACAUUUUAUUAAGGUUAACUUUUUUUUUCAAAUUCUGUGGAAAAAAGGUCAAAAUUAGCGAUUAAAGUAGGUACGAUUCUAAAAAUCAAGUCAGAAUAUAGAGGAAAAUAUAAAAAAUCUGUGAUUAUUGUCAGAAUUCUGAGAUUUAAUUAGAAAAAAUCUGAGAAAAAGAUUAGAAUUCUGAGAUAAAGGACACAAUUCAGAUUUUUUUUUUUACAAAUUUGAUUUUCACAUCAAAAGUCAUACUCCUGACUUCUCAGAAUUAUGUCUUUAAUCUCAGAACUCUGAUGUUGAUUCCUAAAAUCCUGAUUUUGAUCCAAAUAUUUUGAUUUAUUUUUAAUUUUCAGAUCUUAGAAUUAAAGCCAGAAUUUGUUCUUAACCUCUGAAUUCCUGGUUUUAACCCCUAAAUUCUGACUUUAAUCUAAGAUAUCUGACUUUUUCAAAUUCUACAUUAAAUCUACAACUCUUAUGUAAUCCCAAAAUUUCUACUUCAAUCUUAUAAUCCUGAUUUUUUUUUUAAUCCUGAUUUUAGUUUUAGAAUUCUGACUUUGGUCUCAGAAUGCCGGCUUUGUUUCCAAAGAAGCCUGACUUUAUUUCUAGGAUUCUGGCUUUAAUGCCCAAAUUCUGCCUUUGAUCUGAGAAUUUUUGGGUUCUAAUUAAUCUAAUGAAAUUCAGAAUUCUGUCUUACUCUCUGAAUUUCUGAUUUAACCCUCAAAAUCUGAUUUUAAUCUCAAAUUCUGUCUUCAAUCUAAGACUUCUCUAAUGUUUAGAUUCUUAAAUUAAAGUCGGAAUUCUGAAUUUAAUCCCUGAAUUAUGACUUUAUUCUCUGAAGUCUAAUUUUAAUUUUAUAAUUCUUAUUUAAUCUCAGACUGUUGACUUUAUUUAAACUCAAACAUUAGAAUUCUGGCUUUAAUCCCAGAAUUCUGGCUUUUUCAUAUCCUAAAAAAUAAAAACAGAACUGUCCGUUUCAAUUCCUGAAUUCUGAUUUAGAAUUUUUUUUAAUUUCUGACUUUCAUUUUAGAAUCCUAACUAAAUUCCUGAAUCCUUACUUUUUUUCAAUAUCCCAGACUUUUAUCCUAUAAUUUUGUCUUUAAUCCCACAAUUUUGACUUUAAUGUUGGAUUUCUGUUUUUAGAAUGCUUACCUAAUCUCAGAAUCCUGACUUUAAUCUCAGAUUUCUGACAUUUUUUCUUAUCCUUAUUUCAGUGUCAGAAUUUUAAACAUAUUGUAUCUUAAAAUUAAGAUGUCAAUGGUCCCAAUCCUCUUUCAUAGGAAAACAAAUCAACUAUUGGUAUUUUAUGUUGUCUAACCAAAACACAAACAACAAAACAAAGAUACUAAAUUCACACAUGCACUGUAAAACUACUUUCAUAGAAUCUUAAACUUGUGGCGUUCAGUUAUCUAAGAAAAUUAACAGCGAAAUACUCCAGAUUAUAAUAUGGGUAAAAACAUUUUUAACCAAAAACUGGUUAAAACCAAACAAAUGAGUCUUUAAAUGUUCUCAGAAUAAAGCUGAACUUUUUUUUUGCUCGCCUUGCUUGGAUACACAAAUUUACAUGUACAAAAAACACUUUAUUUUGACUAAAUCCAUAUAAAACAUGAAUAAUCUGGCUUCUAAUCUUAAAAUCUAGCUGGUGAAAUAGAGUGAGGGUGGCUGGUUGAAUCUGGAAAGGUACCGAUGUGUCGUGCCAUUGCGGGUCGUGUUUUUGGUGCCACGGCGGGAAAAACAGAACAAGGGAACACGUUAAACAAAAGAGUAGCCAGGUGUUUGAAUAGCUAACUUUAUUUAAACACCGAUCCUGUGCGUUCCUUUGUAGUUUGAUUUCAAAGGCUGUGCUUUUUUUUUAAACAUUUUUUCUUCUUUGAAUGACCAGAAUAUGCACAACACCAUUUUAAAAGGGACGCAUAUGAAGAAGUUCUGACAUCCAAACUGUCACACUACAUUCAUGUUGAAUGAUUGAGCGUUUUGUCGUUUUGUUCCUAAUUAAAGCUUUAUUUACACACGUACACAGACUUUGCUGCAGCUGGUUCAUCACGAACCACCAAUCACACACUGGCAAAUUUCAACUGGAGAGGCUUGAGUGUUUUUUUUUCUUCUUCUGCAGCUGCAGCUCUGGCAGACAGUCAGACCUUUUACAUAAUGUGUUUUUCACUCCAGAAUCUUAAAUUGAAGCUCUCAGUAAUGCAGAGAGAUUCUAACAGUCUGCUGAUGUGGAGAUGUUGGCGGAGACUUUUAAUGCAGUAAGAUAACUCAUGUAACUGUUCUUCCAUUCAUGGUAUAUUCUAACACUCCCGAGGCUUUAAAGGUGAAAUGAAAAUGUUCAAAUGAGUUUGUUUCACUAAAGCAAGAAGAAGCAGAAGCAGUAAAAGCCUGUACUCGUCCUUCGAAACUUGAGCCUGCUGAUCAGCACCAUCCUCCUUUUUUCACUUCUGUUUUUUUUUUGUUUGUUUUUUUUGUUUUCAUUUAACGCACAAACAAACCAAAUGUAGGAGUUUAUUUUAUUAAAUCUUGUUUUUGGAAGUAUGUUUUACACUGCCAAGCUUUUACCCUGGGUUAGGAAUUCAGCUCACCUCGUCACUCUCAGCUGCAACCACGUGAAAGUUUACGGACACUUUCUUCUGUCAUUUAGGGGGUUGAUUUUAUUGUUCAGGCAGUGGAUCAAGUAUUAUCUGAAUGUUAAAAUGUACAAAGUUAAAACAGGGCUGCUGCCUGACUGGUAAACACCAUCUGAAGCUGGACAAAUGAAAAUGAUAAUCUGAAGUUUCUCUCUUCUGUUCAGGAAAGCACUUUUACCAACAGUGAUUAGUAGGAAAAAACAAUCCUAGACAUUUCUAGAAUGUCUUUAUGUUUAAGCUAAAAUUAAUGGGUAAUGUUAAGAUAAAUUUUGGAUAUCUCUGGGUUUGCUGACAGCAAACUAUUCCUCAAAUCACAGAUCUGUUGGAAUUGGAAGUCUGUAGCAAACCACAUCCAAAAGUGGCUUGGAUUAUAUUUGAAAGAUCACAUUUCUUGGACAGACAUCUUAAAACCCAUCUUUAUACUAUCUGAAGAAUAACUAUGAGAAAUAAGUCAUAACUAAACCAAGAAGGACUAUCAGAAAACUAUGUGAGUCUCAUUUCUUAACAAGGAUUUAGUGAGUUUUCAGUGUGAAUUUUCUGGUCUUGUAGAGUGCUGCAGUCAUGAGUUCCCUGAAAUCAAAAAGCUUCUGAUUGUGUCAAAUAAAAUUAAAAUCAGGCCCAAAAACUCCAGCUUGACCCUACCUCAAAAUAUUGAAUAUGUUGAUGCACUCAAGCCCAAUUUAGUUCAACUUAUUUAAAUAAGUUGUUUUUUAUAAUUAAAGUAGAAUUUAGAGUUGUUGAAAGCAUGUACAACAGAUGUGGCCUGUUUACUGAAGUUAAAAAAAGAGCAGUGAGGAUGAGGAGCAUUCACGCAGGUGUCACUGUGCACUGAGCUUCUUUGAGAGCACCAGUCUGUUAACAGUUUUAUUCCACCUGUGCAUAACUUUACUGCUUUAUAUCACUGUGUGCUGGAGAGAUGCACGGUGCCAGCAUCACUUUUUAACCGCUUUUCACCCUUGUAUGUCAAAAACAUAAAUUUGGAAAAAACAGUGAUAAUGCUUAAUAGAUAAACUAUUUGGAAUGCAGUUUUUAAACGACUUUAAUUUAAGAAACCUGGUCAGCUCACAUAGCUAAAUCUAAAGCUAACAAAGCUACAUUAGCUACCGAGGCUACAUGUAUAAUUCAGCUACUUAGCUAAAAUAGCCAUAUCUAAAUCUGCUGAGGUAUGUUAGCUUCAUAGGCUAUGUAGGUAAUGUAGCUACGUGACUUACAUUGUGAAAUCUUAAGCUGACAAAGCUGCAUUAGCUACCUAGGCUACAUUAAUAAUGCAGCUACUUAGCUAAAAUAGCCAGAUCUUAAUCUGCAGAGGUAAGUUAGCUUCAUAGGCUAUGUAGGUAAUGUAGCUACAUGACUUACAUUGGGUAAUCUUAAGCUAACAAAGCUACAUUAGCUACUUAGGCUAUGUAGGUAAUGUAGCUAUGAUUUCAAUCCUGAAUUUAAGAUUAACCAACAGACUUGACAAUUUUAAGGCUUUAUUCAAAUAGCUGGUAAAGAUGGAAAAAUUGUAAUAAUUGAAUGAAAAUGGACAAUAAGGACUGACCGAAAGCAUUUGAUGUGUGAGGUAAAGUUAAAGCCCUGCCAGCAAACAAAGACGUAUCCAAACUCUUACCUUUUCAAGCUUUAAUUUCUUAUUAAAUAGGUUUUGUCUUUAACAGGUAACGGUGCAUUACGGCCACUGAAAGACUCCUUUAGCUCAAGUUUACAGCUUGAUCAGAAGACAGCAGGAAAGGGAGAAACUUCAGAUAACGCGUCUCAAAAACUUUUCUUUAUUCUCUUGGUCAAGGCUUCAAACUCAACACUAUUGACAUUUUCUUUCUGAGCUGCUCUUAAACUGAAUUAAUCUAGAGAAAAGGAUGAUUUUAAUGUUUUGUUGGAAUUUUUUUUAGAGGGUAAUCAAAUUUAGUUCUACCAGAAAAUUCUUUUCAUGUAUUGGUUGCAAAUGACAAAAAAUUUGAAGGAAAUCUCCAUUUGUUGGCAGUAAAUGAACGAAAACAAGCACAAAAGCACACUCGCUAGGUGGAGGAAGGCCAAUCUGAAGUCGGAGAUGAGUCCUUUUUUUGUUUUGAAAAUACAUCCUCAUAUUUUCACUCAAGUCAGCCACCAACAAAACUGCCUGAAGCUUCUGGCUACAGUGUUGGAAGCCCAUGUUUAAAGGCUCUUUUUAUUUAAAUAUGAUUAAUAUUAUUAUAAAUGUUAUGUAUCUUCUUUUUCUUAUAUGUUCCACUUGUUUUGAUAUAUUUCACUAAUUUUUCUAGUCUACCAUUGUUGUGUAGGCAGCUUUGAAGAUUGUUUUGUUUUAAUUUGAUGAGAGAUGUUGAUGUGUACAUAAAUAAAGAUGCUAUUAUUG